CGGAUUUUCGGUUUAAAGGCACACCAAAUGAUGCAAGUGAAGCGAAUCUCGAACUUUUCAGUUUCAGGAAGUAUUUUGAAGUGAUCGGUCGCAAAUAUAGCAAUUGUCUGGCCGAGGCUAUAGUUCCAAAGUUUAUUUAAAAACCAUGAAGUGGUUGCUGCUUUGCUGCGCACUUUGCGUGGUGACGUCACGUGGCUCCGGAGGGGCUGUCCGGGAAACCCUGGACAUCAUCCGGCUGAUCCAGGAUGUCACACACUCCAUCCUCAAAUCGUGGGAUCUGAUCAAUAAGGUCCCGGUGGCGGAGGUCACCGCCGGCGCCCUGAUCUACGCCAAUCAGCGCCAGAUAAUAGGCCAGCUCGAGGAGGUUUCCGGGAAUAUCCGCAAUCUGGAGGAGCAGCAGGCGAGGAACACCGUUCUGACCAUUGAGACUCUGAUGCGGGAGUUGCAGGACAAGAACCAGUUACUGCAUCGGCUCAACCAGUGGAAGGACUUUACCAAGUCCAUCAGUUUUCGAUACGAUCAGCUGGCCGACUACGAACGUAACAAGGAUUCGCUGGAGGCCACCACUCUCGUCCAGUUCGCAAAUUGGUGCGUUCAACCCAGCUCCUCUUCGCUCUCCUGGCUGCUGCAAGCUCACCACGAGAGCCUGUACUCCGGUGACUCCACUGACCCCAUACUGGACUACACGCACUCUUUGCUCUCGGCAUUGACAACCAGUUUUGAGAAGUCCCCGGACCAAAUGUGUCUGGCCAGGCAGUCCGCCCAGCAGUUCGCCUAUCAGCUCUUCUCCAAGGCCACUUUCACGCAGCUGAAGGGCUACAGCUUGAUGGAGCUCUCUUGGAUGCUGCUGCGCCAAGCCGGUCGCGGAAACUUCACCGAGGAAAUGCAUUUAAUGCGACGGAACCACCAGAAGCGCAUCCAGCAAGCACAGCGGGUUCUCCAGCAGGUCAUGGCUGACAGCAGCCGGCUGUACUGGCGUUGCGAUCCCGGCAAGAACGAGCAUGUGGAGGGCAAGACCUAUCACCGUGUCACUCGUCUGCUGCAGGGCUUUGUGGAGAACGAAAUCAACCUGAAUCCGAACCAGAGCUGCGGCAGCAGCUGCCCAGACUACCAUGACACCCGCUCGAGCGGCUGCUACCAGCCGGAGGAGGAGUUCUGUGGCCAGCAGCCCGCCUGCAAGGGAAGGCUCUACAACUGCAACACCAUCGAGUCCGACAUCUCGGUCUGGUCACAGGAUUCCGGUUCCGUGUCUUCAAGAAACACCUGAACCUGGAGGUGCGUUUCACUUCCUUCAACUUCUCCACCGGUCAACUAAUCGAACCGCAGACGACGAGCUUUUGGCUGGGCAAUCAGAACUCGCAUCUCGAGGGUGAGCGCAAGCGAUUGAUUUUGAAGGAGAGCGACUUGCCCACUGCCUCGGAGUUGCCAUCGCUGCCGCUGUCCCAGGACAACCAGUACAUGGAUUUCGUCAGCUUCAGCCAACUGAAGGAUGCGGCCCAGAACACUUUUCCCUACGUGGAUGUGCAGGAGGUGGUACCCCAACAGGCAGUGCCACUGGCCGGGCUGGGAAUCUACUACAAGGGACGUCCCGGCUACGGCGGCUUCUUUGCCCCCAAGGUAGUGACAUACGAUUUGUCCAAGAAAUUGCUGGACCCUCGUGAAAAUCUAUAUGUUGAUAAUUUUACCCAUUAAAAGUAGACUAAGAACACAUAUGGUUUAUAUCAAAUCCAUUUUUAAAAGCUCAUCUCGUUGUGAGACCAAACUUAUUGUAAUCUUUACAUUGAUAAAUGAUAUAUAAUAAAAUGCGUAAACAGAACCGCUUUCAAUUUCAAA